AUGGCUAGACCACUCAUUCUGGCCGCCUCACAUAACAGCGAAAGCGAUAACAACAACUCUGUUAGUGGCAGUGGCAGUGAUAAGAAGUCCUUCUCGUUGCAUUGCUGUUGCGUGAUAGUCGACAUAACGCCAGUUUCACAGGCCGGACGUUUGACAUCGGCAACAACGGCCUCGGGAAGGGAUGUAACCGCUGGCGGUGGGGGCAGCGGUGGCGGUGGCGGUGGAGUUCUCGGCGACGGUGUCUCGCAGUUAGCGAGCAGCCUUUUUCGUUUCGGCAGCAGCAAGAAACGCGGCGUUUGCAUUUGCAAUGCCCAGUGCCCUCUGCAGUCCAUGGAGCAAGCACAGCUGGGUCAACUUGACCCGUCAUUGAAAACACAACACGGCUCCCUGGAUCGACUGCUGCAGCAGCAGCAGCAGCAGCAACAACAGUUGCAGCAAGCGCCCCAACGUCCCACUGCUUCAGCCGUGCAUUCCAUUGGGGGCGUAAUCGACGGUGGCGGUUCAGGCGCCCUCCUCGGCUCAGCCGAUUCUGAUGGUGAUGGAGAUGAUGAGAAGGAGCCCGAGCUACCACCACGUCCACCUUCGCGCGUAAAAUCGAACGUGCGCCAGAUUAAAGAGGAAUUUGAUCGUGGCGUGGAGGUUGAGAAGUUCUAUCAUCAAAUCAAUGGCGAUAUAUUUGAGAUCACCCGAAGAGUACGCGCCCGUGAUGAAGAUACCAUCGAACAGAAAGUAAUCAAACGCAAAGGUUCUGUUCGUUUGCCGCCGGAGCCACCGCCACGACAAUCGUCGGCAGCGCACUCGCAUAUUUACCACGGGCAUGGCCAUGGGCAUGGACAACCGCAUCAUGGACAUCGUCAUGCGGUCGAUACAAGCAAGCCCCAAUUACCUCCGCGUCGUCAGAAGAGUGCUGAAGAGGUGCCCGUCUCAAAGAGUGCUACGCGCGCACCGGAAGAGCUGGAAUGGUUCGAUCGCAAAGCUCAGCAAAGGCAUUCUGCACGUUCAGCUGAAAGCGGGCCAGUUCGUGAUGAUACCAUCGAGUGGCUGGAAAGACAAAGAGGCCCGGUGCGCACCUCCUCCGGUCCUAGUGAAAUCACUGUGAUGAAAGAUGAGGUACCCGAUUGGCUCCUAGAGCAUCUGCCUCGCAAGCGUUCCAUGGUUGAAAGACUACUGCCGCCAGAAUCAAAGACGAGUACUGCUUCCUACGCAAAGGCACUUAAAGAGGAAUUGGCAGAAUUGUUGAAGAAACCCUUAUCUAGGCAAAGUUCUGGUCCACCCGGCGAGUUCUCGAUUCUCAAAACAGAUAUUGUCGAUUGGCUGACAAAGUUACAAUCGUCAUCGAGAGGCUCCGCUCGUGAGGAAGCGCCACCACCAAAAACACGUCGAUCGCACCAUCGGCGUAACGGAAGUGGCGACACGCAACGAUCACAUUCGCAAGAGGAUGCCACUGUCGCACAGCAGGCGGCGCGCAAGCGGCACUCGCUGGGACAUAGUGACCGUAGCGAAGAAGAGGUGAUUGAUUGGAUAGCUUAUCCGCUGAACCGGCUGCAAUCACUAGGUAAGCCUCCGCAAGUGCAGCAGGUGCAAACGAUAGACAGGCGUCAGCCAUUCCUCGACUUACAUCUUAAACCCGCACCACCGCCCCAAUCACAGCUCGCGAUAGGCACGGACCGCGAACGGAGAUCCCACGAACGAUCGCGAGAACGCAAACUCCGGCACUCCGCUAGCGAAGUUGUGACUGCACCCACCACCUCCGCAGCAGCGCAAAGUCAGUUGGAGCGAUUAUACGCAAAGCCGCACAAAGAGCGUUAUCAGUAUGUGCCUAAGGAAGCCAAGGAUAUGAUGUUGCCUCCCAAGGAGACUGCUAUGACCACUGCCACCACCGCCGCGACCAGCGCAACUGCACGCGAAUCGAAGCGUGAACGCUCGCGCCGCCACCAGACACAACGUUCGGCUACAGUUUCGGACAUGUCCGGCCAUCGUAACGGUGGCCUCAAGCGCAAAUCGUCGUCGGCUGAACGUGCACCGCGUUCCCCAUCGCCUUGCAACGAUCCCGCCUGCCGCUUGCUCCCGAUUUGCACUGACCCGCACUGCCGUUUCCUCGAAUGCCAAACAACUGGACGCAGCGGGGGAAUGGCAGUGACCACAUCAGCGUCAACGAUGAACCUCGCACGUCAUCAGCAGGUGGCGAGGGCUCAAAUGCACACAGUGCCUGCACACAUAACUUCAGAUGACACACCAACGCCACCACCACCGCCUCCAACAUCACAACAACAGCAGCUGCAACAGUUCCAAGCAGUACCGCAGCGGCGGCUGGUCAUAUGUCAUGAGUGUCGCUCGUGUGCACCAUUGCUUACCUGCCAGAAUCGUAAAUGCUUCAACGCCGCCAAGUGCAACUCACUGCCCCGCAGCGCAGCGGACUUCAAUCGGCUGCGCACUACCCUAGCUCAGCCACCAACUACGCUCAACGACAUAGAACCGGCGCCUGAGACCCCUUCACCGCAAUUGCGACACCCAGCUAUGCAAUAUCGUAGUAACUCGCAACCGAAUACGCUGCAACGUGGCGAUUCUGCUGCAGCCAUUUGGCAACAGGAAAGCAACGGCGCGGUGGGGAGCAGUACGAUGAUGGCAACAGGUAUUACCCAUGCCAUCAUCUCAAGCUCACAACCACCGCUGCCUCCCUCGUCCCUACACAUCGGUUCCAUGACAAACGGUCGACAUUAUUACAACGGUCGUAACGGCACUAGUAUGCCUCAUCUCAACGGUACCAACGGCAAAUUGAUGAAGUCCGCAUCGGCGGCAUCGCUCAAUUCGCGAAGACGUCGUCAUAAAACGGUCCAUUUCGGUGAGAAUUUGCUACGCGAAGUUUGUCAAAAUCGUAAACUAAUCAAAACUGAACAAGUUCCGUCCGGGUCGGCGCCAAUGAAGGCCAACAUACAAAUGCUGUAUAAUUUUGUAGAAGGUGUGUUGAGCGCAUGGGUGGACGACGACGAGGAGCAGGUGCGUUCCGGCGCCGAAUCAGAGCCCGAGCAGGGCACCAUGGCACUUAAACCCAUUUACCGUUGCAAUCGACUGCGUUAUCAGUGCAUAAAACGUAUCGUAGAGGAAGCAGCGGAACUGCACGGCACAUUGAAGCUGGGAAAUUCGCGUUAUCGCCAUCGACAUUGGCGCAGCACAGCCAAGCAAUGCAACGAAAUGUUUUUGCGAAAGAUAUCUGAUGAUGAUCGAAUGAGCUUAACUACGGCCGUAUCUGAUGAAGAUGAUGGCGAAAGUGUCAUGGCGUCACCAUAUAAAGCAAAGGCAACUGGAACAGCUGCUUCCUCAUUUAAUUGUACUGGUGCUGUACGCAAAGCUGGUUUCUUGUCGGUGAAAAAAUGGCUACUCCGCAAAAAGCAUCAAAUCGAAUUAGCACGCAAACGCGGCUGGAAAGGCUAUUGGGUUUGCCUCAAAGGCACGACACUACUCUUCUAUCCGUGCGAUUCACGUGAGGGACGUAGCGUCGAAGCGGCACCAAAACAUUUAAUUAUUGUUGAUGGUGCGAUUAUGCAACCAAUACCGGAACAUCCCAAACGUGAUUAUAUAUUCUGUUUGAGUACAGCAUUCGGUGAUGCGUAUCUAUUCCAGGCGCCCUGUCAGGUUGAAUUGGAAAACUGGGUAAAUAGCAUUCAUAGCGCCUGUGCUGCAGCAUUUGCAAGACAUCGCGGCAAAACAGGAACUCUACAUCUCUUGCAGGAAGAAAUAUUCCGUUUGGAGAAAGCCAUUGAAUCGGAUCACAAGUUGAAGCACAUGGCUGAGCUGCAGCAAUCCGUUGUUACCGACCAGGAUACUCGCCACCAAAUACAGACACAAAUCCUGCAAUGGGAGGAGAAUUUGGAACGUUUACAUUGCGAACAGUUCCGCUUGCGUUGCUACAUGGCGUCAUUGCAGAGUGGCGAAUUGCCAAAUCCAAAAUCUUUGCUCACACACGUUUCACGGCCAACCAAGAACACACUGAACAAAUUGGGCGUCUUCACUGUAUCCUCAUUUCAUGCAUUCAUUUGUGCUCGUUCACCAUCGUUGCUGAAUAACUUAUUGGCCGGUCGUGGUGCCACUAAACGUCGACCUCCGAUGCUCUCCCGUUCGAAUAGCGGCUCAAGUCGACGAUCCAUGCAGAUGAAUUCACGUGACGAACCGGAAAAAACAUUCAAAGUUGCCAUGCCUGAUAAUGCCUAUGCUACAGUUUAUCUACGUGAUGCCAUGUCGGUGGAGGAAUUUCUGGCUAGCGCCUGUGCACGUCGCAAUCUCAAUCCAAUGGAACAUUUCGUACGUGUGAAGAAGCGACGUGACAUGGAGGAUCAUAACUACUUUGUGCCACACCGAAAUGAUUUGAUUGAAAAUUACUUGCAUAAUCACGAAUUCGUUGAGGUUUGCAUGAAGAUACUCUAUCAAGUGGAAUUACAUCGAACUACGCUCGAGCAAAUGUGGGGCUUCUCCGUCGAAGCGGAACUGAUCGAGAACGCCGAACGGCAAGAUGAACUGUGCUGCUAUGUAAGCCGAGUGGAGGAUAAGAGUGUUGCUAUGCAAAAUGGAAUUAUCAAAGGAGACGAAAUAAUGGUGAUCAAUGCUGCUAUUGUAUCUGACUUGGAUAUGAUGUAUUUGGAAAGCGUACUGCAAGAGGAGCAAUCACUUUGCAUGAUGAUGCGCUCAUCACGCACUGAGCCACCGGAUCUAGUUGGCAUUAUGCGCGUCACUGAUGACAUGAUUGAUUCAUUGGUUUGUCCACCACCCCCGUCAGAUCCGCCCGUAAUGAGCGAGGAGAUGAUAUCCGGUUUAAUCGUACCGGCGCCAGGUUGGAAUGGCACCGGUAAAGAUUUAUAUUCACCUGAGGCCGAAAGCUCACCGGCACCAUCAUCCGUUGAGCCGACACCAGCACAAAUGGUCGCAGCCGGUACCAAGCCGACCUCACGUACGAGCAGUUUCGAAAUUGAGAAUCUUCUAAAGACCGCAGAGCAGGUUACCGGAUUUUGUCGUUCACCUCAGGAAACCCGUAAAUCCAGCCCGACCGGCUCUGUCACAUCUUCAGUCUCGAAUGCCGCACUGACACCGUCACGUCAGCUUACCGAUGCCGAGAAACUGCGCAAGGUUAUCUUGGAAUUGGUCGAUACAGAACGCACUUACGUUAAGCAUUUGAACAAUCUACUGGAGCAUUACUUGGAGCCAAUGAAACGAGAAACAUUCCUAUCGAAUGCUGAAAUCAAUGCACUCUUUGGUAACAUUCACGAAAUUGUCACAUUCCAAAGACAAUUUUUGCAAAAUCUCGAAGAAGCACUUGAAUUGGAGCCAGACUUUCAUAAAUUCGAGCAUUCUGGACAGUUCCGGAACGUUCUCUUUGCUAUCGGCUCGGCAUUCUUGUACUACGUCAACCAUUUCAAACUGUACUCAUCAUUUUGCGCCAGCCAUAGUAAGGCCCAGAAAGUUUUGCAUCCCAAUGAAGGUAAUCACGCACUACAGGAGUUCCUUGCCGCACGUAAUCCGAAGCAGCAACAUAGCAGCACUCUGGAAUCGUACUUAAUCAAACCAAUACAGCGCAUCCUCAAAUAUCCUUUGCUUUUGCAACAGUUGCGGAAUUUAACCGAUUCACGCGCCGAUGAACACCUACACUUGUGCGAGGCCCUCAAGGGCAUGGAAAAAGUGGCCGAGCAUAUCAAUGAAAUGCAACGAAUUCACGAGGAAUAUGGUGCUAUAUUCGAUCAUUUGUUCCGACAACAUCAGAAGUCAUGCAAGCAACCCAUUGAUUUGAGUCCAGGUGAGGUUACUGGUGACCUACUCUAUUAUGGCGGCGUUGAGUGGCUGAAUAUUUCUGAUUUCCUUGGCAAAAUCAAGAAGGGUUUGGAAUUGCAUGCUAUGUGCUUUGUUUUUAAAUCAGCGGUUGUGUUCCUUUGCAAAGAACGUUUGCGUCAAAAGAAGAAACUUAUGGGUGUCUCGAGUAAAAACGCCCCCAAUGAAGUCGAAAUCAUACGCUACCAAGUGCUCAUACCAGUCACCGAGGUGCAAGUGCGCGCCUCUUCAGCAAAAGACAUGGACUCGCAUUUCUUAUGGGAAUUGAUACACUUACGCUCGCAACUGCAGCGCCGUUCCGAAAAGGUUUACGUGCUCUCGAACAGCACGGCAGACUUCCGUAACGCAUUCCUCAAAACCAUACGUCAGAUCAUACGCGAAAGUGUACGCAACAUGUCAAUUCCGAUGAAAGGAUUUGGUAGUUCCGGUUCAGUUUCGGGCAUCUCAUCGCAAGGUGGCGGUUCGGGUAGUUCCCAAACGCUGGAACGGCCAAAACAACAGAUAACAAUCAUUCAAGGCUCCCAGACAUUAGGUAAACCCAAAAAGAAAUCCGGUUCGCAACGUCAUUCUGCUGGCAACAUCGACUAUGAUAAUCUCUCGGGUAGCCAAGAGGCAGACGAUGUGCCAAUGUUGCAUCAUCAGCAUCAGCCACAGCUACAACCAACUGGUUUCCGAGGACGCAGUAAGACCGUGGGCGAUGCUAUAGGUACAUUUACAUAAUUAAGUACAUACCAAUAUUUAGGCGCAUAAGUUAGCGUCACCAACCUACUCUGAAAUUAGAUAAAUAUUUCUCAAGAAUCGGCAAUAAAAUGAAUUUAUAAAAAGU